GUUGUAAAGAUGUGGCAGUGCAUUUCUUGCUGUUUUUGAGUCCAAAUGCACUGACAUUUAGUGGAUACCUAUUAUGGGGACUAGCUGAGGAAGACGUGUGCAGUGAAGCAGUUGCAUGCUCGGUAGUCAAUCUGACACGGAUUCUCUUGCUGCUUUUGACUUGUCCGUACCUCAGAGAACUUCACAAUUCUCUCCAAAAACUGAUCAAAAGUGUGAGUGUUAGUGUGGUGUACACAGUUAUUGUAGUAGCAGUAUAUACAGAUGCCUAUAUUAAACGACUGCAUUGGAUCUCUAUGGGCGUUUUUUCAGGAUGGCAUAUACAUAGACUGAGACUACAUGGCUAUUUUAUAGGAACAGCUCUCUUGACUCUAUGUGGAAUCUUUCCAGACAUAGACACUGCAUGUACAUUGCCAUGCAUGCUACCAAGGUCUGAAUCAGCACUCCAUUCUCAGAAGGAGCCUUCUAAGCAAGCCUGGACAUUUUUAUUUUUGGAAAGUAGCUGCAUACUUCAGAUGCUGUUUCUCUCAAUGCAUACUAGAGCAUUUCAAGACGGCUUCAGCAACAACUUCCUAAUUUAUGGUGGUGCUCCUCUUUUGCUGAUUUCUGUUCUGCUGAUCCGCAGACUAGUGAGGUACAAGCAGCAAUGCUGGACACCCUUCUGCUGGACAGCAACCAUGGGCAUUUUAAUGCCUGUUUAUUUUGUCAUAACCAUUUCGGUAUUUGGGCAAGCCCAGGAUGCAUCUGAAGAAAUACCACAAACCCUUCUCUAUAUAUUUGGAGCUGUAGGUCUAAGCAUUGCCAAUUCUAUUGGAUUGGCAACCAAACUGCUCCUGACAACAGGAUAUGGCAGUAAAAAUUUACCUGAUCUUAGACUCGUUACCUUUCCAUUAGACUGUAUAUUUGUAUUUGGAUGGUUUUCCCUGCAGACACAUGGCUACUGGACACGCAAUUGCAAGACACAGAGCAACACAAGCACUUCAGACUGCCCUAUGAUACAAGUGAAUGAGACUUUGCUGGCAAGUAUGGCACCAUUGAGCCAGGGGGAGGAGCAGAAAGCAACUGAGAUGAGUGAAGGAGGACACCAAUUAGAGGAGUGUGAUUUUCACAGCACCGCAGAAUGAGACACCAUUUAACCUCACUUAAUUGAUAAGUUUGUUUGUAUGUUCCAUUUGUAACUGAGCCCUGAGGAAGGUCAGUAGACCGAAAGCUUGGCCUAUUAUUAAAAAGAACUCAAAGGGGAUUUAAGUGUGCAGACAUUUUUCUUUCAAUUUCACACAGUUUUUGUUUAUGUUUGGCACCUUUUAGUCGAGAGUGCGGUGUGAUCCGGUUAAACACAGCUGAACAUGUUAAGGUAAAAUGGGCCGCCCCUUUCAGGUAAUUUGGGCUGUUUUUUUGUGAAGCACAUUGAAAUGCUUUUAUGUACGAAAUGCGCUCUAUAAAUAAACUUGACUUGACUUGACUUGACUUGACUAUUGCACUUCCCCGAGGCGGAGGUCUUUGUUUCGGAACCCCGAGUUGAAUUCCCGUUCUUUUGCACUUUCCCAAGGUGGAGGUCUGUGUUUCCGACUACCGAAUUUCAAAAGAAUGAGCCAAGGCGGGUAUUCACCAAUAUCAACAACAAACUAAGAUAUCGAGGCUUUUUGUGAAAAAUGUGAUGUUCCAGCCUGACCCACUUUUGAUACUUACAUGUUGGGAUUUGUGUCGUAGUGUCCUUGUGUAAAAUGGUUUUAAUGUUCAUAAAGCAACCUGGAAGGUGGAGGAAUUCCAACAUAACAACCCCAUUUCAGCAGUAUUGUACAUUUCGUCUUAUUAUUAAUCAU